GCAGCCGAUACGUUGCAAUGUUGUACGCUUCCAAAAUCGUGUGAUCAGGCUCAGAAACCUAGAAAUUUCGAUCCACGACUCAACGACUAGAAUAAUCCUUGACUUUUUAUUCGAUCUUUCAUCUAUCUUGGAUUUAUUCCUUCCCCUACAAUCCCAACAAGACACGCCAUGACAAACUAUGGCGUUGCUGCCCAUCCAUAUGCCAGCCAAGCAGUGGAUCCUGCUGGCCACCACGAAGAAGCGGCUGGACAUACACCAGAGGCCGACGAUCCUUCAAAGAAGAGAAAGACUACGAAGCGGAGAAAGGUCAACCACGCGUGCCUCUAUUGUCGACGCAGUCAUAUGACUUGCGACGAAGGCAGACCCUGCCAACGCUGUAUCAAGCGCGAGAUUGGCCAUCUUUGCCAUGAUGAGCAGCGACCACCGAAGACUGGUGGGAAGCAGAGUUCUGAUGUUGUUCCAAGUGCUUCAUCGAACGGCGUUGAUCCUGCAAGGUCGAUAGCUCAGCCUAUCUAUGGUUCAACAAUGCCUCCUCCAGCGACUACCGCAUGGCCAAUGAGUGUUCCUUCAGGCGCAUUUCUGUAUCAGCCCGAAACGUUAGGCAAUGAAUUCUCAGUUCUCACGGACUUCUUGGAAACCCUAGACGAGGGGUCUUUCUUCACUACAUCUCCAGCAGUGACCCCCGCCCUCAUGUCUACUCCCGCAUUCUCUCAGGCUACUCCCUAUAUCUCAAAUUCUGCGUCUGCUGCUGAAGCAACGUCCAAUCCUCCAGCACACCCCCCUGAGGCACCCGCUGAAGAGCCUGCCCCGCCUCUUCUUCCGUCUGCUACCAAGACAGAAAAGUUUUUGUUGACUGCUGCAGACCAGGAGUCGGGUACGCGCGAUGAGCGGCUGAACCGCGUUAUUCGGAGCAAAUACGAGGCAGGUUUACUCAAACCGUAUGACUAUGUCAAGGGCUAUGCACGAUUGUCAAGGUGGAUGGACCGCAAUGUUUCUCGGCAAUCGAAGCAGCAAAUUCUUCAGCCUUUAUCUGUGCUACGACCCAAGUUCCGAGCUGUUGCACAAUCCCUACGCGAUAUUGACCUUGUAUUCAUAGAAGAGGCCUUUGAACGGUUACUUCUCGAUUACGACCGUGUCUUCUCAGCCAUGGGUGUCCCAGCGUGUCUCUGGCGCCGAACGGGUGAGAUCUACAAAGGAAACCGCGAGUUUUCAGAACUUGUAGGCGUCGAUGGAUACAUGAUGCGAGACGGCCGCCUCUGUAUCUACGAGCUUAUGGCAGAGGAGUCGGCAGUCAAUUACUGGGAGAAAUACGGCCAUGUUGCAUUUGACUCCUCUCAGAAGGCCGUGCUCACUUCUUGUGUGCUGCGUUUCAAGCCCCUCAUAAACACGCAGUCGCAAACGCAGAAAAAGGAGGAUAUCCCUAACGAGGAGGGCUUCGUCAACUGCUGUUUCUCAUUCACGAUCAGGCGGGAUAAGUGGGGUAUACCGAGCAUGAUCGUUGGGAAUUUCAUCAAGUGCUGACAG